AUGCAAAAAGAAAAAUACGAAAACUUCCUUGCUGGAUGGGGUGCAGGCUUUGUUGAGACUUUGCUGCUUUAUCCUCAAACUAAAGUGAUAUUUCGUCAACAGCUGCAGGGUAUUACUGCGAAGGAAGUUUUUGAACAGUUAAGAAAUGAAGGUUGUUGGAUGUUGUACAGAGGAAUGCUUCCACCUCUUAUACAGCGAACAACGACACGAUCAGUAAUGUUCGGAAUGUUUGAUAAAUUUCAUCGUUAUUUUGGUUGCUCGGAAUGUCAAACAAAGCAGACUCGUAUUGCAUGUUUUGCGUUUGCAGCAUUUAUGGCAGGUGCGGUUGAGGCUAUUUCAUGUCCUUUGGAACGGACGCAGGUCCUUUUGCAGUCACCGGAAUACAAUCAGCGCUAUCAAAAUGCCAUUCAUGCUUUCAGAGAACUUGCUAAGGUUGGAGCAAAGGAAUUGUACCGUGGAUUCACAGUUGUACUGUUGAGAAAUGGUUCAAGUAAUGUCCUUUUCUUCUCGCUUAGGAAACCAUUUCGUGAUUUAGUUAUUAAUUGUGAUCAACACUACAUAUCCCGCUAUAUUAGUGAGAGGACACCGGAGCAGUUGGUGACAUUUAUUGGUGAUUUCAUAUCAGGUGCUGUACUUGGUGCUUCUAUAUCAUCACUCUUCUUUCCAUUAAAUGUGGUUAAGCAGCGAAUGCAAAGCACUGUAAAUAGUCCAUUUUUAUCAGCUUGGGCAACUUUCCAAAUUAUUUGGAUUGAACGGAAUGGUUCAUUCAAGGAACUGUUUCGUGGAAUUACCCUCAAUUAUACAAGGUCGCUAUUAUCAUGGGGUAUCACUAACUCUGUGUACGAGCUCCUUCAACAUUUGCUUGCAAAAUAA